CAAAACAUUUGGAUGUCAUGGGGGUUCUUUGUACCUGUCGUUUUUCGGCAGGUCUGGGAAAGUCUUUUCACAACAGGUGGAACGAAGAGUUUUGCUGUGUUUUACUCGACAUCUUUGGAAGACAUCAAACUAGAUUCAUUCUGAGUCUCAAUUUCAUCAUCUCUCUCCUUUGGAUUGACACCCUUUGAGCGCGUGUUUUGUCCAGUUCAUUUUGUUGAGAAAUGUCUAAUAAUCUAUCACUAGAUCAUUUACACACUACAAUAACAACCGGUUAGUUUUCACCUCUACAAUUCUAGGCUUAUCCCGUGCAGCAAUACAAUAACAAAAAUCAUGGCAACAAGAAUUGCUUUCACUCGUAUGGUCAUUGGAAGUGACCAUGGUGGUUUGGAUAUGAAGGAGAUGUUGAAGAAACACGUAGAGAGCCGAAUCGGAUCGAUAAAAGACGUAGGAUGCUACACUGCGGAUCGAUGUGAUUACCCGGACAUCGCAAAAGAGGUAAGUUAGUAGUUAGUGUUCUUGGCUACUUGGUAAGUUAGUAAGUUAGAAGUGAGAUUUGUACUUGGUUCGUAGUUAUUGAGUAGUUAGUGUUCUUGGUAAGUUAGUAGUUAGUAGUUCUUAUGAGGAGAGAAGUUGCUGAAACGUUCUGAUGUGGGCUGAAUUUCCUCUCAGGGCGCCAAAGCGAUGAAUAGAUCACGUUCAUAGUCAUUAAGAGCCCGACGGCAGGGUCUAUAAAAGGGCAUGAAGUGAAGUUUUAGGCGGAAAAAAUCCCGCACUUACUAGAUACGUAACGGAAAGCGAUGAUGAAUAAAGAGAAUUCGAUCGAAAAUGGAAAGAGAAAAAUGGUCCUCAAGCGGAAACGUUCUGAUAUAGGCUGAAUUUUCUUCCAGGACGUCUUUGAAGGUUUUGAUGUGGUCGACAAUUCUAUUAGUGGUAAGAGAAUCAGUAAGAGAAUGAGAAAGAAGAACGAUCAUGAGUAUCGGUGGAGUGUAGAUUGGGCUGGUGAUAUGAUCAAGAAUUGUAGGGACGUAGAAGGAGUGGCCCGAAAUUUGGUUAGAUUCGCCUUCCGACCUGUUCUUUCCCAGGUCUACAACGAAAGCGCGCGUGGUGACGACAGUGCAACGACAUUGUCCGUAUAUGUAUGCGGAUCUGGGAAUGGGAUAAAUAUGAGCGCUAACAAGGCAAUGGCAGCUGGUGACCAUCAAAGCACUGGCUGUUGUUUACUCCAUGACGUUACGACAGCUCGCUACGCACGUGAUAAGCGGAACACGAAGGCCAUAGCCUUAGGCGGAAGAGUAACAGGCACUGACGUCGCAAAAGAAAUCCUAGAUGUUUUUGUGCCGCCGGUUUGAAGUGGAAGGUGAUCAAAAUUGUUGAAUCUUGUACACGCAAUAACAGUGUUGAGCCAGCAAAGAGAAAUAGAAAUGAAGAACCUACUUGUUGAAACAAAGAGAAGAAGAAAUACAAAAUCAUAGAAAAUCAAAGCUAACAAGGGCCUUCUCUCGCUGCCCUGAAAAAAGAGGCUCAUCC